CGCCUACAAAGUGUUGGAAUUUACAAACAUUUUAUAAAUCUAAUGAAAAUAGAAGUCAAUUAUUUCUGUAUAUUGUAUCUACUGAUGUAUUUAUGGCUUUUGUACAUACAAUAAGCCGAUGUUGGCUACAUUUAAUCUAUUGUUUACAUGGUAUUUUGUUCUUUGGAAUAUUAUAUGUAUUAUGAAGAUAACCUGAUGAAAGAGCAUUGUAAACUAAAAGAAGAAAGCAGCAAGAUAAGUGCUGCUAAUGGUGCUUUGGCACUGUUAUUAUUGUCCUCCUAACAACACAAUGGAGGAGCCAGCAAAGAAAAAGCAACGUAUUGAAAACAAUGAAGUUGAAAAAGAUACAUUAUCAGAUAUUGAGCAACUACAAAAUAGUCUGUUGGCACAAUGCUUAUGUAAUAUACCAGAAAGCAGUUUGCGUAAACCAUUCACUAGUGCAACAGUGGAAGCUGCAGAUGGCACUUUUAGAUCUUCAUUAUUAUCAGAAUGGGAACCUGAUCAAACUUUAGAAUUCAUAAGUGCUCUACAGCUUCUAUUUGAUUUAGCCAUUAAACAGAACAUUAGAGGUGUUAUGUGCAGAAGAGUAGUAGAUGUUUGUGAUGCGCUGGCGCGAAACGAGCAUGGCAUUAUAGAUCAAAUAAUUGACCUAUCGUGUACAACAAAUAAAUUUAUAUCAUUUGCUGCUAGCAGAGUUCUUGCAUCAUUUUUUAUUAUAACAAAGGAAAAUAUUGACUCAGCAUGGUUAGAAAGAUUAACCCAAUCUUUAGUGAAUACUCAUUCUCCAAGUCAAAUGUUGUUUACUUUGGAUGUUGUAAAAAGAGUUGUGGAACACAAGGAUUGCAGUAUUCAUCCCCUCGAGGACACAGAUACUAUAGUACCACCAUCACAUUGUAAUACCAUAUCAGUUUCAGAUGCAGAGAGUUUUGAUAGUACACCAGUAAAGGCAAUGUGUGUUAAAGCAUUAGAAUCUAAAUGGACUAGAUUAGUCUCAAAAUUUGAUGCUAUUUUAAGUUCAUAUACACCUCAACAUGAAUCAGCUGUCAUUACAUUUCUUGAUUUAUGGGAGUCCAUUAUUUCUGUUAAAGCUAACUUAUCUGUUAUUGAUACCAAACUUUUUUAUUCUCAGUUAGAUAACCUGGUUGUACUUUUAAAUGCUAAUGUUCCUGGUGUAAUUUGGAGACAUCUUCUUGGAUUAUUUAAUGAAGUAUUGUGUUAUGGAAGCACCUUAGCAUUACAAGAUGUAUUACCAGAUGAGCCUUGUUCUCUUGCACAUUUGAUUGUAAGAGCUGUUAAAGAUUGGAGAUUAUUAGAUGCUCUACCGUAUCGACAUGGUUCUGGAAGAUUUGGAGGAGGUUCUGGUGAAGGUGAUCGUCCCCUUCUACAAAAAAUAGUGCUUUUAGUUUUAAAAAGUGUUGCUGUGACAGUUAAAGAGACACGUAGCGAUUCUAGUGACUCUUCUUUGGGUUCUGAAGCAGAAGAUCUUGAUGCUGAUAUGGCAGUUAUUGAAAGAAGCAUUAGAGAAGUUUUACGACAACUUGAUCAAUGUGUUAAAACACUAAUGCCAUUUCAUCCUGAAAUGCCUUUAUCACAAUGGGUUGUACAAAUGUUUCAUGAUCAAGAUGAUUUUUUGAUUGAAGGCAUGGUGUGUUGUUUAGAUGUAGCUGUUGGUUUAUUUUAUAGAGGACCUCCACAAAAUGAUCUAGGUCAUAUGCUUAGUCCGACUUUAACUUUCAUACAAUUUAUACAUGCUGUAUCUCAUGACCCAGAUGUUUUAUUAGAUUUACUUGUCAGUAAUGAGACCUGUUUCUUAUUAUACUUAUUGAGAUUUCUGAAAUAUGUUAAAAGAAAUUGGACAGAAUUUGUCUCUUGUUGUGGCAGAGAGCUAGAUGAUACCAUGACAAUAUUGAUAAGACUUCGUUUAGCAAUUGAUAGAUUAGUAUCAAAAGCUUUGUUUCCUUAUAACAUAAAUCCAGUUCUACGUUUGUUAGAAAAAUGUGAGUCCUUCUAUGAAGGAAAUAUAGAGAAUUAA